AUGCCUGUUCAUCAUCUCAUGGUUGGUACCUGGACCCCUCCAGGCGCCAUCUUCACUUUUGCCUUUGACGAUGAGGCUCUUACUCUCAAGCUGAUCAAGAGGACUGAAAUCCCUCAAGAUGAGCCUAUCUCAUGGAUGACUUUUAGUCAUGAUAGAAAAGCCAUCUAUGGCGCUGCCAUGAAGAAGUGGUCCAGUUUCGCUGUUGAGUCGCCAACUUCGAUAAAGCACCAAGUUUCUCACCCCAUGGAGCACGACCCCAAUGCCUCUCUUGCGACAACAAAUACCCGUGCCAUCUUCCUCCUCGCCGCCAACAAGCCUCCCUACGGCGUCUACUGCAACCCAUUCUACGACCACGCCGGUCACGGUGCUGUCUUCACCACAGACGACACCACAAAGGCUCUCAAGGAGAACGUCCAAAAUUACCCUUACCAACCCAACACUGGCAUCCACGGCAUGGUCUUUGACCCUGAGGAGGAAUAUCUCUACUCCGCCGACCUUCGCGCCAACAAACUCUGGACUCAUCGCCGUCGCAGCAAGGACGAUGCCUCACUUGAGCUUGUCGGAUCUGUGGAUUGUGCUGAUGAGAAGGAUCAUCCUCGAUGGGUGGCUAUGCAUCCCACGGGUAACUACCUCUACGCCCUCAUGGAGAAGGGUAACCGUAUCUGCGAAUAUGUCAUUGAUCCAGCCACCCGUCUUCCUGUGUACACUCACAAACACUACCCUCUAAUUCCCCCUGGCAUUCCCGAUAGAUGGACACAGUAUCGCGCUGACGUCUGCACUCUGUCGUCCUCUGGCAAAUACCUCUUCGCUUCAUCCCGCGCCAACUCAUUUGACCUGCAAGGUUACGUUGCCGCCUUCAAGCUGUCAGAUACCGGGGCCAUUGAGCGCCAGAUCUGCCUCAACCCUACGCCCACAAGUGGCGGACACAGCAAUGCAGUUGCGCCUUGUCCCUGGACGGACGAGUGGGUGGCCAUCACAGACGACCAGGAAGGUUGGCUUGAGAUUUACCGCUGGCAAGAUGAGUUCCUUGCACGUGUUGUAAGAGUGAGGACGCCAGAGCCUGGAUUUGGUAUGAAUGCUAUCUGGUAUGAUUAG